CCUUUAGAUUCGGGUGUGGCGAAGACCAAGCAGUUUUUACAGUUUUCUACAGCAAUUACACUUACAGAAAUUGUGGAUCAAAUUCAUGGGUUUUCGUCCGUAAUGAACUUCAUCAUUUUCUUCAUCUACAUGCCUUUUGUUUGCUCAGCGUUGCACACAUUCAUCACUACUUACACUGGAAUCAGUGGAAAGACGAUUGCAGGGAUCCCAGAGUUUUUUGCUGUAACUACACUGGAUGGACAACAGAUUGAUUAUUAUGACAGUGAAACAGAGUCACUGGUUCCCAGACAGGAAUGGAUGAAGGAAUAUGCAUCUAAAGAGCUGUGGAAAGAAGACACUGAGAUCAGAGAACAAGUACAGCAGACCUACAAGAACAACAUUGCUGUUCUAAUGCAGCGAUUCAAUCAGACAGGUGGUGUUCAUGUGUAUCAGAGGAUGUAUGGAUGUUGGUGGGAUGAUGAGACUGGAGAAUCACAUGGGUUUGAUCAGUAUGGAUAUGAUGGAGAAGACUAUGUCACAUUAGACGUGAAGGAGGGCAGAUACACUGCAGCUACACCACAGGCAAUGGAAUCAACAGCCAAGUGGAACAAUGACAGCUCACAGCUUGAAUUUCUACAACAGCACUAUGAAUAUGAGUGUGUUUACUGGCUGAGAUUUUUCAUAAAUUCAAGGAAAGCUCAUUUAGAGAGCAAAGCUCCUGAAGUGUCUCUGUUACAGAGUUCCUCCUCUCCAGUGGUUCAGUGUCAUGCCACAGGUUUCUACCCAUCAGCAGUGACUAUCACCUGGUUAAGAAAUGGACAGCAGCAUGAUGAGGAUGUGGAGCUUGGAGAGACACUAAUAAAUGAGGAUGGGACCUUCCAGAGGACAUCUACCCUCAAUAUUCAUCCAGACGACUGGAAGAAGCACCAGUAUGUUUGUGUGGUGGAGCACGAGGGAAAGACCAUCCAGAAUGUUCUGACUGAGGACGAGAUAAAAAAUAACAAAAGACCUACAGUAGAAUUCUUCACAACAUUUGUGUGUGUGAUGGGAGUUACCAUAGUCCUGGUUAUUUGUACUUUAUUUGUACAAAGCCGAAUGAAGCGAAAACUGUGUGAGCAGGCAGUCUGUCAAAAUGAAAAGCUGACCUAUAGUGACAAACGUCUCUGAAGAGUUUCCUCCAAUUGUCUGCACUUUUCCCAGAUUUCAGUAUAACUGGGUAUCUUCAGAAUGUGGGAGAACAGAACAUUUUUAGCAUGCACCUUUGACAAAAACAUGUCAUGGACCUGUUUUUUUAUGAAGGGACAUCAGUGGCAGUUUUAGUUAACUUGGUGCCCUAGACAAAAUACAUAACCAAAAGAAGAAAGGAAGAAGAAAACACUUUCUUACAUUGUGUGAUGUCUAUCCAAAUACGCUGGAGACACAUCGAUGUGAAGGUGCAAAUGCAAACCAACUGAAGAAUAUCCAGAUACUGUCUCUAUGUGAAAAGUAUGUUAAUAGAGACUUUAAUGGGCAUCUUAAAUUUUUAAUGUGUGCCGACAUCUUUCACCACCUACAUUUGUAAAUAUU